GGUCCGUGUGUGGCGGGGCGAGACGUCGGCGAGGAGGCGUCCAGCUAAAUCGGAGAAGGCGCUUUUACGUGGAUUUGACAUGCCCAGAUUGCCCUACCAUGGACACAGAAAUGAUUCCCAAGUUUUCUUCAAAGGACGAGGAAGUUGAUUACUGGAAGUCUCUGUCUCUCAAAUAUAAGAAAAGCUACCAUGAUGCCCGGGAGGAACUGCAGGAGUUCCAAGAGGGGAGCAGGGAGCUGGAGGCGGAGCUGGAGGCCCAGCUGGGCCAGGCCGAGCACCGCCUACGAGACCUCCAGGUUGAGAACCAGAGACUGAAGAGCGAGGUGGAUAACCUCAAGGAGAAGCUGGAGCAGCAGUAUGCACAGAGUUAUAAGCAGGUCUCCAUGUUGGAGGACGACCUGGGCCAAACACGCAGCAUCAAGGACCAGCUCCACAAAUAUGUGCGAGAGCUGGAGCAGGCCAACGACGACCUGGAGAGAGCCAAGAGGGCUACAAUAGUAUCCCUGGAGGACUUUGAGGGGCGUUUGAACCAAGCCAUUGAGAGAAACGCCUUUCUAGAGAGCGAGCUGGAUGAGAAGGAGUCUCUCUUGGUCUCAGUGCAGCGGCUGAAGGAUGAGGCGCGAGACCUGAGGCAGGAGCUUGCAGUACGGGAGAGGACCACGGAUAGGAUGUCGGCCCCCAGCUCACCCACCUCAGACAUCGAUAAGAUGGACACAGCGGUCCAGGCAUCUUUGUCCCUCCCUGCCAUGCCUGUUGGGAAGGGCAUAGAGCUCCCCUUCGUCAGCUCUAAAGCAUUGACCAAUGGCUGUGGCAGCUCUUCGCUCACUCCAUCUGCUAGAAUCUCUGCUCUUAACAUUGUCGGGGACCUGCUGAGGAAAGUUGGGGCUCUGGAAUCCAAAUUAGCCGUGUGCCGGAACUUUGCCAAGGACCAGGCAACGAGAAAAAACCACCCGACAGCCAACGGGAAGCUCAUCAACAGCAGUGCCACCCAGUUCUCCCAUGCAUUGCACACCACUUAUUUUGACAAAACUACUGUAAAUGGACUGGACCCCAGCUCAUUGACCUCUGUGGCAGUAUCCAGAGCAGUGUCUCCUCCUGGCAUGCUUCCUCUAAAUUUUUGCUGAUCCGUUGAUAAGCGUCACCCUCUUCUCAUUUUCAAAGCUUAGUUUGGAAGUUUUCAUCAGACGUGGGAGGUCACUCAGAGUACCAUGUGAGCCUGCUGUCU